CCUAGUCCCCUACACCGCCGUUCCCCUCCCUUGUCCUUGUCCCUUCCCCCAACUUCCCUUUUCCUUCCCGGAAGAGACGGGCAGACGGCAGAGAGCCACCACGGCCAUGGAGGACGCCGCCUCGGAGAUCAGCGACUGGGAGGUGCUCUCUGCCACCUCCGCCUGCGGGGGCGGCGACGACGACGACGAGGUAUUAAUCGUCUCCGGCGGGGCCGGCGACGUCGUCCUCGACCACUUCGCCCUCACCCCCGACCCCGCAGCCGCCUGCCAUGGCGACGGCGAGGGCUCGUGGUCGGCACCCGGCGGCGUCUGGCAAGGGUUAGAAUUAUUGGAUGGAUUCGAUCCGAUUCCGGAAUCAAUUGCAUCUGGCGUUAGGAGCCAGCAGUCACCGCCGCCGAUAGGCGGCGUCGAUAACGCCCCCAAAGAAGGCUUGAUUCUUCAACCCACCGUGGCGCGCGGUGCGACCCGCAUCGCAUAUGGAAAUCAAGCCGAGGUGGUAGACGCCGAGAUUGAGCAGGAGAGUGAUUCCGUGAUUAGUCGCGGGGAAUUGUGCCCGGUGCUGCAGCCGGCGCAUCAUGGCGCGGGAGAAACUCUGGAUUCUGAUGCUGCUACACCUACAGGUGCCCUGCUCCAAAGCGAGGUAUCGGAGAGUUCCCUUGUGCAAUUGGAUGAUGGAGGAAUCGGUGCGGGUGUAGAAAGCUCGUGCCUUGAGGAUGCGGUGUCAAGUGAUGGGAUUCAUGGUGAGCAAGAAGAGCAGGAGCAGGAGCAAGGGAGCAACGCUAAUGCUGCCACUGGUUGCGAUGAACCAGAUGGAGAGGCCAAGGAUGGUGCUUUGCCUCUGGCUCACACGCCAGGUGCUGAAGAAGGAGAGAAACAAUUUGUUGUCUGGUGGAGGCUGCCGUUCAAGCUGCUGCACUUCUGUGCUUGGAAGGUGAAACCAGUGUGGUCCUUCUCAAUCGCCGCGGCAUUUCUUGGCCUGGUCGUGCUGGGGAGGAGGAUGUACAGGAUGAAGCGCAAGGCAAGGGGCUUGCCCCAGAUUAAGAUUGCGUUUGAUGAUAAGAGGGCCUCCCAGUUUGCUGAUCGCGCGGCACGUCUCAACGAAGCCUUCCUGGUAGCGAGACGUGUACCUAUGCUAAGAACAUCAUCUGGUGCUACGCUUCCAUGGUCAAUGGUUCAGGACAGAUGAGUGAAGCUGCUCAAAGUUCCCUAGGAAGGUUCCUACAAGCAACCAUUCUGGAUGAUGAACAUCAGUACGAGCAUCAGGAUUGGCCUUGCCUACCUUUUGUUUUAGAUGACGCAUCAAGGAGGAUGCCAAUGUUGAUGUCCGUUGUCUCUCUUUCUCUUCUUUUUUCUUCCUUCAAUUUUUGUUUCUUUUUUGAGGAACCGCUUGGUUUUCAUUUUUUUUAGCCUUUACUCUGUUUAGUCCAUGGUCAGUGGUGGUGUCCUAAAAUUUACCAUUCCUACAACGUUUUUUUUUUCUUGUUAAUUUGGAUGCUAGUGUGCUCAGUUUUCAUGUGCUCCCUUUUGCCAUUGUCGCCCUGUUGUGUACUUCUCACACUCCUGUACAGUGUGCACUGAUGAUGAUGAUGUUGGCUUAAUGGCUUGUGCGUCCAAUCUUCAACAUCAAUGCCAAAACAGUUAUCCUCUA